AUGAAGGUCUCUACACUUCUCAGCCUGCUUCCAGGUGCUGCAAUUGCUUCUGAUGUGCUGAGCGUCGCCUUCUACGCAAAGGAGAAGAAUCAGCUGUACGACUUCAUCUCCGCCAACAGCGAAAUCGACUAUGGUUGCCGCCCCCAAGUUCUGGCUGCCGGUAACGAGCACAAACUCCAUGCUGUGAUUUCAGAAGACCACUUGGACCACUUCAAGCGCAGCCUGGAUCCUGACCUCGUCCGUGUCGAACUCUUGGACAACUUGAACAAGCGCCAGACAGCAACCGCGCCUAUCGGUAGCGGCGACCGAUUCAAGGGAGGAAAGAUUGCGCCCCGCGGUCUCGGUACGAGGAAGCCUAGCGAGUAUGCUGCUCUUCAAAAAGCAGGUAUCCUCAACGCAGAUGAAGUCUACACUGCUAUGAAGGGCCUGGAGAAGGAAUACGGCAUGACCCUCUUCACAACACCACACAAGACAUACGAGGGCAACACGAUUAUUGGUGGUGUUGCGAACAAGGCCGAGAAGAUCAGGAAGGACAAGCAGUACAUCUACUUCACCAGCGGUAUCCACGCACGAGAACGUGGUGGACCAGACAACCUGAUUUACUUCGUCUCCGAUCUGCUGUACGCGAACAAGCACCGCAUCGGACUCACUUACGGCAACAAGACGUACACCAACAGCCAAGUGAAGAAGGCUCUCGGUGCUGGUGUUGUCUUCAUUCCCAUGCUGAACCCCGACGGCGUUCGUCACGACCAGGCCAACAGCAACUUGUGGCGCAAGAACCGCAACCCAGCGUCUUCCCGACCCAACGAGCCUCUCAGCGUUGGUGUAGAUCUUAACAGGAACUUCGACUUCCUCUGGAACUUCACCGAGAAGUUUGACCCAACCGUCUCCCCAGCCUCCGCCGAUCCAGCUUCCCAAGCUUUCUAUGGCACAGGGCCAUUUUCCGAGCCUGAAACCAAGGAUAUGGCUUGGGUCUAUGACGAGUUUCCCAACAUUCACUGGUACAUCGAUGUGCACUCUGCUGCAGGAACACUUCUGUACUCUUGGGGCGACGACAUUGACCAAUCCCACGACCCCGAGCAGAACCUCUUCAACACUGCUUAUGAUGGCAAGCGCGGCGUCGUUGAAGACACUACAUACCUGGAGUACAUUGACCAAGAAGAUUGGGACAACAUCCGUCUGGCCGCAAACCGCACCACUGAUGCCAUGGCCGCUGUUGGUGGUCGCGAAUAUAUUCCCCAGCAAGCUGUUGGCCUGUACCCUACCUCCGGUGCUUCUGACGACUGGUCUUUCAGCCGCUGGCACGGAGACAAGAGCGUCACCAAGGUUUAUGGUUACACCAUGGAGUUUGGUUACCCCACCAACUUCUACCCUACCGCUGAAGAGUUUAUCCAGAACAUCAUUGACACCAAUGCUGGCUUCAUGGAAUUCAUUCUCACUGCUGCUGAGAUUGGACUCAAGGCUUGA